AUUUUUAUUCUUUGGACGGCAGUUAAUGAGUUGCUUUCGCGCACGGUCAAAAUAUAUUUAAACGAAUAUUUAAAUAUGUAGCAUUUCGUGUAUAAAAAGAAAUAAAUCAAGUUAUUCCUGAAAUUUCUUAAUAAUGAAUGAUUGUUGAAAAGGACAGCCUUUGGAAUUUGGAAGUCAUCUACAUUUAAAAUUUUAAAAUGGCACAAAACGUGUCUACCGACUUUUUAAACUAUUGCAGAAGUUUUGAAAAUGAACUUGAAGACGCUGAACGUGCAACGUACAUAACGCUAGGUCAAAUGACACAAGAAGAAAACUUGUAUCGCCAUAACAACAGUUCUCCGCCGAGCGAAUAUCCGUCGUGUGCCUACGCGUUGCCGGCGGAGCGCAGCCCGACCGAGGAGGAGGGGAAAGAGUUUUUCCAACACCAUGAGUAUUACGGUGGAAUGCGGCCCGUGAGGUGUGCGGCAAAUGUACGAGAAAGAAAACGCAUGAUGAGCAUAAAUUCCGGGUUUGAAGAGCUCAGGCUUCAUGUUCCAACUUUCCCGUACGAGAAAAGACUGUCAAAAAUAGACACUUUACGUUUGGCUAUAUCAUACAUUGCCCUGCUUCGUGACAUGCUUGCGUCUAAAAUUGACCCGGUAGAAUACGUGGAACACUGCGUGAAAGCCGACGUAAAAACGACGUGGAACACGAGCGAUCUGACUGCAAGAUUGUCAUGGGUGAAAUGGGAGAACCUCGGCGUCCGUCGGAAACCCGUGUUAAAUGUGUCUCAUGCUGGGCAGGAAUAAUAGAUUUAUUUUUGUUUAUCUAUAUUUAUUAUAUAUGUAAUACGUAAUGACACUUGUUGAAGGGUUAUGUUAUGUUAUAUGUUAUGUUAUUACACAAGGGGCUAAAACAUUGUUACUACCAAGAAUGUAUCGUGCUCUGUAUUAAUGCUGCAAACUACGUUGCCGGAUGAUGAUCAUAUUGGAAUGUAUAUUAGUAGUGCCAGGAUGAUUUACAUUCCAGGUAUAGCCAAAUUUUCAAUGAGGAAGAAAUUGAACGAAUAUUGCAUAAAGAGACAUUUCGGUAUUUAAUUUACUAAAGGAUCGUCUUCAAGAUAAACAGAAUAAAAGUACUAUACUUUAUGGUAUAAAAUUUCAUUUUAAUAUAUGAAAUAAUAUACUAGGAAAACCUUGAUAAAACAAUAUCAAUUCAAUGGCACCCUUA